AUGGCUACACUGGAGGUGUCCCCAAAAGCCACUUCUACAAAGACAAACAGCAAAGUCAUCACCGUCAAGGCCGAUACCACCUACGACGGCAAAGCCGACGCAGUCUUCCUCCUCGAAGCCGGCGCUACCCUCAAAAACGCCAUCAUCGGCAAAAGCCAAGCCGAAAGUGAUGUCUGCGAGGAUGCCAUCAGCAUCAAAAACGACAACCUCGAUCUCAAUCUUGGAUCAUUGGUGGUGGAGCCUAUCAUGCUAGCGACAAAGGUCGUGCAGCAUAGUGGGUGUGGUACUGUGAAUAUCAUUGAUCAUGUAAUUUACAACCUUCACCUAACGUCGAAGACUACGGUAAACUCUACCGCAGACUGUGGCAACUGCAGCAAGCAGUGCAAACGCAACGUCUACAUUGAAGGCGUAACUGCCAAGAACGGAGAUUUGCUGGUCGGAAUCAACUCAAACUACGGUGAUACUGCUACUAUCAAGAAUACUUGCAGCGAUGCAAAGACCAAGUGUCAGAUGUUCAAGGGGUGUGCUGGAAGUUGUGAGCCUCCUAAGGCUGGAUUGUGCAGUGGAUAG